AUGACGACCCGGAACGGACGCGUCAUAGGCAAGGAUGUCUGCAUCGUGGGGACCGGCAUGGUCGGCCUGGCGGCCAUCAAGAACUUGAAGGAGGAAGGGCUGAACCCGACAGCAUUCACCAAGGACGACGCGAAUGCCUUCACCGACUUCCCGAUGCCUGACGAGUUUCCUACGCACCCGCCGGCCAAAGAUCUUGGCAAGUACAUGGAGGCUUAUGCGAAAGAGUUUGACUUGCACCCUCACAUACGCUACUCUGAGGCAGUCACCAAGGUCAGGAGGGAUGACAGGGACGAGAACUGGCUCGUAACGGCGCGGAACACCAAGACAGGCAAGGAAGAGACCCAUCGCUUUGACAGGCUUGUGUUGGCUACCGGCAUCCUCAACAGCAAGCGCGAUGUCGACAUCAAGGGCCAGGAGAAGUUUGCAGGCGAAGUGAUCCACUCGCGCGAGUUCAAGGAUCCAAACAAGUACAAGGGCAAGAAUGUCCUGGUCGUCGGCAUCGGCGCGACGGGGGCCGACACUCUCGUGUUCCUGAAGCAAGCAGGCGCAGGGAAGCUCUACUCCAGCCACCGAGGCCAAUACUGGGUACUACCGCGCAAUGUCAAGGGCAAGGCAUUCGACCACAGCAUGUCGCGCCGGAUGGGCUACGUGGUGCGCUACAUCGCCAGCUGCUCGGCCUUCCUGUGCGCAUGGCUCAUGGGCAAGGGCCUGACCUCGGCGCGGAUGCAGGCCUUCCCCUUCCUCAAGGACGUGCCCGCCUUCGCGCCGGAUAGGCCCCCGCCCUCGCUCCUGAGCCGCGUGCCCUUCUUCUCGGACCACCUGCCCUACUACAUCCGCGACGGGCACGUCGAGAGCGUGCGCGGCGUGCGCGAGGUGGUGGGCCCGCGGUCCGUCGUCCUGACCGACGGCAGGCGGGUCGACGAGCUCGACGCCAUCAUCGUCUGCACGGGGUACCAGUACGACCUCUCCCUGCUGCAGCAGGGCGGCCGGGGCGACCCGACGGACCCGGCCGGGGCGCCCGACGGCUACGCGCGGGUCCUGGCGGCGCCGCACAACGCGGCGGGCGAGAGGUUCGCGCGCCUGUACCGCGGGUUCAUCUCGGAGCAGUACCCGGAGAGCCUGGCGGUGCUGGGCCACAUGCUCAUGCUCAAGGGGCCCUUCGUGACCAACGACCUGCUGUCCAUGGCGCUGGCGUCCGUCUGGAGCGGCGGCUACCCGCUGCCGACGGCGGCCGAGAUGCGCGCGGACAUCGACGGGCAGUACGCGUUCGUCUGCGCGGCGCUGCGGUCGGCGCCGGUGCCGUACUGGGGGUUCCGGCUCGACUCGCGCGCGACGUACCGCUGGCUCAACGACGCGGCGGGGACGGGCAUCAACGAGCGGCUGGGCAGCUGGGGGUGGCAAGGGUGGAAGUUCUGGCUCAGGCACGGCCGGCUGCACCACCUGCUGAUGGAGGGCGUCGACGUGCCGGCCGUGUACCGGCUGUUCGAGACGGGGCGGGGCCGGAAGCCGUGGCCCGGGGCCCUGGAGCACAUCAAGAAGAUCAACGAGGAGGUCAAGCAGAUGGGGAAGCGGUGGGAGGAGGAGCAGAAGGAUGACAAGCGCAAACAGACAUCAGCGCGCAUCUUGCAUCUUUGCACACUGUCCUCCCAUUCGCCAAAUCCAUUGGACCUCGCGACACUUGCCAUCCGAAGCCAAGACGAACCAGGCCGAUCGACAGAGACCCCUCUCGAAUUGACGCAAUCGCUCAACCGACGCCACGAGACCUCUCUCGACCUAUCAUUCUCGAUGGCUAAAGAUUGUAUCAAUGACGGCAACGUCAAUACGUGCGAGAAGCCUUCGGACAAUACGCGCAUCACGAUCAUUGUCAUCGUUGUCUCAGUCCUAGUCGUCAUUCUUGCUACCGUCGGAGUAGUCCUCUUCCUCCACUUCCGGAGGACGCGCAUGGACAAGAAGGAGGACAAGGCCUUCGAGGCCGAGCGUGCAGAGUACGGCAUGGACUACCUGCCCGAGCCGAGGCAACGGCAGCAGCAGCAGCAGCAGCAGCAGCAGCGCCACGCGCGGGUCGACGAUGCGACAGACGACGAGCUGCAAGCCCCGGCGCCGCGACGCAACUCUCUACAAUCCCUCGCCAGGUCCAUACGAGCGCUCGACUCGGGUGCGAACACUACGAGGGACAGCAGCCGCGAUCCGUUUGGCGACGGCAGCACCGCCUCUGGGGGACACAAGCCUCCUGCUGGCUACUAG